AUGUUUCCAGCCAAAGAGAUGUUCAUUUCUACUCUGCACGAGCGCGGUGCUCUGCUUCUGUUCAUCGCCGUCAUCUUUUCUGCUUCAUACAUCUACCCUCGGCUGCGUGUUAGACAAAGACUCAAGCAGAUUCCUUUGAUGGGAGAAGAGCUUGGGGGCUACUAUAAGCGCCGCAACGAGUUCCUGAGGGAUCCCAUGAGAUUCUACUGGGAAGGCUAUCAGAGGUGCAAGAACAAGUGUUUCCGAGUAACACACUAUGAAGGUGAACGGAUUGUUCUCCCAGGAGCGGCGCUGGACGAGCUCUGGAAUAUGUCGGAAGCUGUCCUCAAUAAAAAUAAAGCAUAUGAUCAGAGGGUACUCAGACAGUACACGGGUUUGCCAUCCGGCAACCCCUUUCUGGUGCACUGCAUCCGCUCAGACCUAACCAGAAAUCUCAAGCGCAUCAACCAUCAUCUGGUCUCCGAGGUUGAGAAGACAGUCGACGAGGUCAUUGGCCCAUGCGAAGAAUGGACCUCGCACCCAAUCUAUCGGACUUCACUCCGGAUCGUUGCCAUCGUCUCCGGUUCUGUCUAUGUCGGGCCAGACGUAUGCCGCAACGAACAGUUCAUCCAUGAUAGCAUUCACUUCACAGAAAAUGUCUUGGCUGCUGUACACAUGCUUCAGAUGUAUCCCGGUUGGAUGCGUCCAAUCGCCCGGUUCUUCAAGCGCGAGCGAACCCAACUAGCCAAGUCAUGGAACCACCUGAAAGCCUCAAAGAGGCUAGUGGUGCCAAUCAUCCAACAGCGACGCGAAGAGGUUCAGGCUGGUCGUGCUUCCUACGACGACAUGCUCGCCUGGAUGAUGGCGAAGCAAGGUGAGUGGAAGCAGACCGACGACGAUGUAGCCGGCUCAAUGGUUCAACUCGGUGUUGCCUCGACCCACAAUACAUCUUCGACGAUUGCUCAAACGCUGUUCCAAUUGGCGAUUCGCCCAGAACUAGUCGAGGAGCUUCGCGAAGAAGCACAGAGGGUUUGCGACCAGUUCGACGGACAGCUGAGCCCCGUCGCCCUGCAUGAGUUGAAGCUCCUCGACAGUGUCAUGAAAGAAGCCCAGCGACUUAACCCCACGACACCUUCCCAUUUCCACCGUGUUGUUGAGAGGGACAUCACCCUUAAAGAUGGCACUCUCAUCCCCCAGGGCAUCACGGUUGAAGCCAUUUUUGCGCCGCCCUUGUUCGACCCGGUUCUCUUUCCCAACCCACAAGAGUUUGAUCCGUAUCGCUUCCUCAAGCUUCGCAGAGGAGAGACUCCGGACCCCAACCACUACAAGAACAAGGAGCAGUACACGUUCAGCCAUGCGACGAAAGAGAAUCUGGCGUGGGGCUACGGAGCUCAUGUUUGCCCUGGCCGUUACUUUGCCAACAAUGAAAUCAAGUUGAUUUUGGCGCGCAUGCUUUUGCGUUACGAUAUCCGGAUGCCUGGUGGAGUUAAGGAGGUGAUGAAGCCUCAGAGGGGCGGUAUGGGAUGGACUCCUGACUUGCGGAAGCCGAUUGAGUUUAGAGCAAUCAGGAGGUAG